UUUUUCAAAAAGCAGGCGGUAACAAAAAAUACUUUUUCCACAGCCGCGAUCUCUUCUGAGAAACUCCGCUACUGGUUGCGCCUGUCUUGAGUAGUUUUUGUUGUUGUGUUUCGUACUGUGCAGAUUUGCUUGAGGGUGCCCGGGAAUGAGUAGCAAGACAUAUUGGCUAGCAUCAACAAUCGCAUGUCUACCCCUAAAGGCUAGGACGCUACGAGCAGAGUUAUUUCGCUAUCAGAAGACUGCUGUACAUUAGAAUUUUCAUUCCUUGGCUUUUAGUAUUUGAACAUUAUAUCAUCCCACAAAGCCCCUACUACACGCAAGUAGAUAUUCCUGAAAUCUAAUAACAGAAGGAAUCUUAAGAGGACUUGUAGUCGGAGUGUUCUUAAAAGCAGCAACCCUAGGUGUUGUACAGAAAUAGAAUAGUGAAAGUGCAGCAUACUACUCACAUAUUACUAUGAAAUGUAGCCUUGCUACGCAGUACUGAGUAUUGCCACUACCUACGGCGUAAUAGCUGACUAGUUCCUGCCCUAAUCUUGCGCUGAUAGCAACAAAGAGGUGAUUGUCGAUACAAGGUGUGGUAGGAGCUUGUACAAGCUCCCGAUCAUGCACUUGAUCUGUGAUAGGGAGCCACACUAUUACUCGUUGUCGGAUCCGCAACGGUGACCAAAAAAAAAUAAAGAAAAACGUUUCGUACAGUAGCCCCGUCGCGGACCGGACUCGUAGCCGGACCGUGCCCACUUUUCUUUGCCGCGAAUGAAACGUCCAUCCCGAAUUGCGUAAUUAUAAUCAUGUAGUAUCCUCCUGUCAGGUCGUGGCAAACAUUGUCUCGUCCCACUAUCCCGUCAUUACUGAUGAUCAGUAGAUAUCGUAGCUCUCAUACAUACUCAGACACCUUGCUUGGAUGUCGUCUUCUUGGUCGUGCCCCUGCCGCUUCAUUUUUGGGCGGCGAAGUGGAACCUAGGGGCUUUCUACCACCGAUUCCUUCAUGUACAUAGAACACAGACGUCAGAGUGUGUGUCACUCAGUCCACGCCUUGUGCAAUACCAAAUCCUGAAGUCGGAAUCGGAGACGCUCCCCACCAUGACUUCAUUGAAACGUCACGGUAUCAAUCUGGCAAAUGUGGAUGAGAACCGGACAAUCGCGUACACUUAAAGCUCUUGACACAUCCGUGUCUCAUACGAAUUCACACAUGACCAACCUGUUCUCUCAUGUUAAAAUGUCUUCGGAAAUGAAAGCCAUCGGUGUAGCCCAAUAUGGAGCAGUUGACAACCUCGAAUCAAAGCGGAUCCCCCGCCCAUCGAAACCGACAGGACGACAGAUGCGCGUGCAAACCAAAGCUAUUUCCAUCAAUCCCAUCGACAUCAAAGUACGACAGGGCACUUACGAUGAUGCGCCCGACUAUUACGACCGCGUCCGGGCUUUAACGCAGGAGGACCCCAAAUUCCAUGUCAUCGGUUACGACGGCGCAGGCAUCGUUCUGGAGGUCGGGCCCGACGUAAAGCAUUUCCAGCCCGGCGAGGAGAUUUAUUACCUAGGUAACCCGGUAAUGCAGGGCUGCUACGCCGAGGAGGUACUGGUGGAUGAGCGGCACGCCGGUCACAAGCCGCGCCGCCUUGAUUUCGUGGAGUCGGCUGCCAUGCCGCUGACCUACGGAACGGCCUUUGAAUCACUGGUGGACCGACUGGGUAUCCAGAAGGGCGAGCGUGCGGGUAUCUUGAUCAUCAAUGGGGGCGGCGGUCUAGGCUCCAUUGCCUCGCAGAUCGCUCGGCACUACCUGAACCUUCCGGUAGUCAUCACCACGGCCUCGCGCCCAGAGACAAAGGCUUUCUCGCAGGAUAUGGGUGCCACACACGUGGUUAACCACCGCGAAGAUAUCGUGAAGCAGAUACGUGAUCUUCAGCUCCCGCCGAUGUGCCACUCAAGUACGCCUACAUCACGUCGCGAACGGAGCAGUACAUCAAGCCCAUUGCGGAAGUUUUGGCUCCCUUUGGCAAGGUUUGCAGCAUCGUGCAGGCCAAGUUCGACAUGUACGGGUCGCAGUUCAUGA